CCCCUUGGCCGACGGGGCCCCCCUGCCCGGUGCGGACCGCUGUCCGGCGGGGAACCCCCGGCAAUUGGGACCCGUCGGGGCGGGCUCGGCGGCAGCAUGGGCAGCGUGCAGCUGCAGGACUUCGCGGCGGGCUGGGUGGGCGGAGCUGCCAGCGUAGUUGUGGGUCACCCCUUGGACACCAUCAAGACACGUCUGCAAGCUGGGCAAGGAUAUGGAAAUACACUCAACUGUGUUCUCACUGUGUACAGAAAUGAGUCUGUGGUUGGCUUCUUCAAAGGCAUGUCCUUCCCUCUGGCCAGCAUCGCUGUCUACAGCUCCGUGGUGUUCGGUGUGUUCAGCAACACGCAGCGGCUCCUCAGCCAGCUCCGCCAUGGAGACCCGGAUAGCACACCGGUGCUUGCCGAUGUGGCUCUGGCCAGCAUGGUGGCUGGGUUCAUCUCCGUGGGCAUCGGCACGCCCGUGGACCUGGUAAAGAUAAGGCUCCAGAUGCAAACGCAGCCAUACAUCCAAGCAAACAUGAAAGUAAACCCCACAGUUCCUGGAUUUCCUGUGUACCAAGGCCCAAUUCACUGCUUCAGAACAGUCUUACAGAAAGAGGGGAUAGCAGGGAUAUAUCGAGGCGCGGGAGCAAUGCUUCUGAGGGAUGUUCCUGGGUACUGCCUCUAUUUCAUCCCUUACACACUCUUCUGUGGCUGGAUUACCCCUGAUGGAUGCAUUUCCCCUAACCCCUCAUCCAUCUGGCUGGCAGGGGGAGUAGCAGGAGCCAUUUCCUGGGGGACUGCCACUCCAAUGGAUGUUGUGAAAAGUCGACUUCAGGCAGAUGGAGUUUAUUUGAACAAGUACAAAGGGACCCUUGACUGUAUCUUGCAGAGCUACCAGAACGAGGGCUUAAAAGUCUUUUUUAGGGGCAUCACGGUCAAUGCAGUGCGAGGAUUCCCAAUGAGUUCAGCCAUGUUUCUUGGCUAUGAACUUUCCCUCAAAGCAAUGAAAAGAGACCAAACUGAGACCAAUCCUUAACUUCCAGAAGCAUUGCCAGGAAGACCUGGAAGCCUCCUACUGUCCUGAGCCAAAUCAGCAGUGUGGUGUUGGAGAGGGAUCAGCUGCUCUGACCGAAGACUCUCAUCCUGCACCUAUGCAUCUGCUUUCUCUUCUGCCAUGGACUUAGUGCCUGGAUGACACUGAAAACUGCACCAGCUCAAUCAAAUCCAAAGACCAUUUUCUUAUCAAAUCUUUCAAAUCUUUAUUGUCUCAGAGCACCUUAAUAAUCCCCAUGGUGGUGUUGGGCUUUGUCACCAAUGACAUUUUUCCUAUUGAGCCAAAAGAACAACUUGCUUCCCUUACCCACAUGAGUGAGAUAUACCCAAAACAGCCCAAGGGAGCAUCUUUUGUAUGACACUGUAUAUAAUGCUCCUCUUUGUGAACAACGAAAGGAGGAGGUGUGGUGGGUGUGCGGGGCCUUUUUGUGUAGGAAGGGCUGGGUUCCCACCAAAUCCUGGCUUGCUUUCAGGAUCAAAGUAGCGGAUGACUACCCAUACAAAUGGAUACUUGUGGUUUCUGUCACGGAACUCUGCAGUUUGCCACAAUUGAACUUAUAAUGAAAAAAUGUGAAGGGCUUCAACAACCUCAGUUUGUUUUCUAAGGUAUAAAUUGAAUUGGGAAAAAGGAGGAUGUUAAAUUCCGAGGCUAAGCUGCUCUUUUUCUUCAGAAAACAAUAAACCAAGUCUGUAGAUGGCUGGCUACUAAUUUACCUAACUCGCCUUGUGUAGCUCUCCAGGGACCUGCUAGAGGUGACUUCUUAGACCUUCUGAUCUCCCUGACAUGACAGCUUGCCAACUGCCAGACCCUGCAGACAUCACUUUGCAGGCUUGAGGGUCCAUCACCAAAGGGGGUCUCUAAGGAAUGCAGAGCUUAUCCCAAACUGUUCUCUAGAAUACACAGGACAGCUUCAGACCUCCAGCUCUUUGCUGCAAUAUUACUGAGACAACUGGGGCAGACCCAGAUAUCUCUUUGGUCUACCUCAGCCUUUCAAUUAUUCCAAGAUCUUUUAUGUUGUGAUUAUUUCUGCUUAUGCUGUUCAAUAUCUCCAUGCUUUAUUUUCUAAGCAUGGAGCUUCUUGUGCCAAAACCCAAGAAGAACCAUCUCUGCUGGGAUAAGAGGACUCUGGUGGCACUGGCGAGAGAGGCUGAGGGGUAACAGCCUCGCACGCAGAGGGACAUGUGGCAUGGGGGAACAGUCUGGAACAGCACUGUUCUCUGGGAAAUGCAUGGUUGCCCCUUAUCUUCCUCUGGAGAAGAGCUCUGGGGGAAAAGCCCAGCAAUUCUGGGUUUAGCAGAUGGCAUCAAUAAAAGCUUCUGAAGACAACCUGGAGCAGCCAUCCAGCUUUCCCCCUUUAUGGAGGAGAAAAGAGAAACUCCUACGUCUUCUUCCCUGUAUGAAUGAAUUGGUAGCAAGACUUGAAGACUUCAGCAGAAAGUGCCUAAAAACGGAGGUUUCUGAGCAAUAUUCAGAAAUGGGGUCCCCAACCUUGGGCUCCUGUUUACUGGGGCCUGAAUUAAAACCAGAAGUGUGGCCUUUCCCAGAACUGGCAUUAAAUGUGGGAGAAACAGCCGGUGUUGCUUCGUCUCAGGACUUGCAGGUGAGGAGGCUCACAAUGCCUUUGAGCUUGACAAGAACAUGGGAAACUGUUUCUGACAAACAAUAUCGAUAAAAUUAAUGAACCUUCACAAAAGAAUUUGUUGCUGGCUGCAUUGAAGGUUUCAUCUAUUCCAUGUUUCCUAUUUUAAUGCAUAUAUAUGUAAAACAUAUUCUUUAGAUGCAUAAUAUUGCAUGUCUCCAAGGAUUAUACUUGGGGAGACUUGUUUUUCAAUGCAAAUAAGUCGUGGUGCUUAUCUGCCCGCAUUAUACAUUAUAUAAACCAUAAAAUAUAAUGAAUUAAUUAAACUGAUGGGGUUUGCAACAA